UAUACCGCACUCCCCCCCAUUCACAUCCUCCAACUUUCCCUUUUGUCAUGCGUUCCUUGGAGGAGUCAUAGCGCAUCUGCUACUGCUCGCAAAACAGAGCCCACCCCCGUACGUUCUCAUGCAUCGAUAGUUGGUUGGACCAGGCGAUGCAUAUGAAGGAGGCUCUCUCGCUUUAAAGCGAAGGGCGGUUUUCUCAUCCCAUCACAUUCACGUUCUCUCGGGGAGUUUUCGAGGGCUGGGCUUGGCUUGUUGGUGCAAGAUUUGUGCUGGACGUGUGUGAUCAGUUGGUUGCUUUCGUUUUUCUUGGGUUUCUGGUUCUUGGGGGGUUGUUACAUGGCGAUUCAAGCGCAGCUGUAUCAGGAAAAUCUGGGCUUUCCGUUGUUCGGAUCGCAGGAUAUCGUGGAGAGUCAGAAUGGGCGUGGCGGGUUCAACCAGUUUGGUCUCGGCAUUCAACAGAGAGUGCAGCUACAGCGACGGCAAGUGCAAGGGCAAGAACAGCUCUACAUGCAGCAGUAUCAUCACGGUCCUUGCUUCCCGAGCGUGCCCACGUCGGAGGACGGCGUGGAGAAGAGCUUGAUCGAGAGAAAGAUGGCGCAUCCUCAAGGCAUCGCGACGCUGAUUGAUUGGCAGGACCAAGAAAUACAGCAGUUUCUCCGAUCACAGAACGAGAGGCUGAGAUUGGUGUUGCAAGAACAGAGGAGGCUCCAGAUGCUGACGCUCGUCAAGAGGCUCGAAUCAAGAGCACAGGCCCUGCUGCUUCAGAAGGAUCAAGAAAUGGCGCGAGCGUCGCAGAAGACGGCGGAGCUCGAGGAGCUCCUGAAGAAGCUCGAGUUCGAGUCCCAGACGUGGCAGAGGAUAGCGCAAGAAAACGAGGCCGUGGUCGCGUCCCUCAAGAUCGCCCUGGAGCAGCAGCUCAGCGAAAGGGCCUCUUGCGGCUCCAACGACGGCGACGGAGCAGAGGACGCACAGUCCUAUUGCUGCGGCGCGAACAGGGACGGGACCGGAACAGAGGAGGUGCAGGAACAAGAGAACAGGGCAGUGACAACAGCUAGUGGGGUCGAAGGAGGAUGGAGAAGAGAGAGAAGGACGACGACGACGAUGGCUUGUAAGGCGUGCAAUUCUCGAGCGGCGUGCGUGAUGUUCCUGCCUUGCAGGCACCUGUGCUCAUGCAACGCCUGCAAGGGCUUCCUCGAUCGCUGCCCUCUCUGCGCAACGGCUAAGGAGGGCACUGUGGAGGCUCUGCUCUGAUUUUCGCGCCCUUCCCUCGGAAAGGUAAAAGCGGAGGCGACGACGACGACGACGGUUGAGAGAGGGCUAAGGGACACCCCAAAUUUCAGUGGCAGUAAUGUAAUGGCAGUGCGUGGAUUUUCCCUUCUUUUGUUUCUUCUUCCUUUUUUGGUUUUGUGAUGGUGGGAGGCAAAUUUUUUAUGUCACUGCUUUCUAGGGAGUGAAAAAUGUGUUAGUUAAAAAGAAAGGGGACAAAAUCAAUGAACAGAAUUCUAGGACAGAGAGCAUCUUUUCCUUUU